GGUUCUUAUUGUUCAUAUUUCGCGCUCGUCCAUUAGUUGCUAGGACGCCAACCUGUAUAAUCUUCUUAAAAGUUCCUUAUUUUUUCUUAAUUUGGAAUUCCAUGAGCCAUGCGUUAUAUUACAAUAGUGUGCGUGUUUUCUAUAAUUGUCAGUGUUGCUCAAUUUAAAGUUUUUCGGAAAUGUUGUCCAAAAAAUCAAAGUCUUAUAAAAUUAUCAAGUUUAGAUAAGAACUCGCGAGACAAAUAUGAAUGUAUUGACUACGAUCGUCAUUUAAGUGAAUACAAAGAAGUUAGUCUGAAUUCAGAUCUUGUGGUGAACCAAAAUGUAAUCAUAGACAAUGGUAUACCUCAAAAAUGCAACUUCAGUGCUAUCGAGCAGUUCGGAGAAUACUUCAAUGCAUCGACAGACAGAGAUAUUUGUUAUGAUAGAAUUAUAACUGAAAUCAAUAAUGGUAUGAUUAUACGUUCAAGUAAUCUAAGUAUUACAAUGUUGAAAUGUGAUGGAUUCGAAUUCAUGUCUCGAAAUAAGUUAAAAGUACAAAGUAUCGUCAAAUGUUGUCCAAGGGACCAAGUUUAUGAUAGCGAAUAUCAUUUAUGUAGAAAAAGUCAUGAAUUUAAAGAAGAAUGGCUCAUAAGACAAUUAAGGCUAAACAUCUCUGAUAUUUUCUUUAUUGCAAAUAUGAUGAAUUGUAGUCGAGAUGAGUAUUCCGUAGAAAUAAAGGAAGGCAUUUAUAGACUAGCUUUAAUUAAGAGGGCCCUUCGAAUUACUACAGAAAAUGGAGAUGAUGAAUAUUACAUAAAGUGGGGGAGUUGGUGUGUAGAUCAGGAUUAUAUGAGCCGGCGGCUCUUGGCAAGAGUCUGUACCCGUGAUUGCUUUGAAUUUAAUGCUUAUUGUAUGAGAAAGUGUUGUCCCAUAGGAGAGCAUAUAUCAAGAUAUGACACCAGAAGCUUUUCUUGUACGCAGAAUUCGGAUGAUAGAUUCUUAUUUAACCUAUCAUCAUACAUAGAACCUUUAAGAAGAAAGAAGGGUGAUAUUGGGGGUGAAUAUUGAUGUCUUCCUAUUUUUAUUGCAAUCUAAGUUUUAUAUUAUUUAAUACGUUUUUUUUUAUAAUAUAUCUUUACAAAUAUUGAUUCGGGUGUCUAGGAAGUUGCGAUACCUCUUUUUUUAUAUUUUCAAUGUAUUUAUUUAAGACACUGCAAUCCAAUUUGUUUUGUGGAAAUAUAGUUUAUUUUGAAGUUUUGAAUCAGAUUUUGGAUCAGUUUUAGACAAAGAAUGAUAAAUUGAGGCUAAGUGCUUUAAGUUUAAUACUCUAAGCAUAAGCGUCAAAACGGAAGACCCGCGGUAAUACGGACCAUGUCUAAUCCGGCACCCUUGUUAUCCGACACACCCGUGACUGUUGGUGUGUCUAUAUAUAAAAAAAACACAUAUCUUCAUAGUUCUCAUAAAAGUGAUUUACUUGAACAUUUAAAUAAGUUAUUGUUUUUUGUAAGUUCUAUAGAACUAAUUAUGAUUUUUAGAAUUAAAAUACUAUUCAUUUUAAUAUAACUCAUUGAUAUAAAAGGAACAUAUUUUUAGGCAGUAACCGCAAUUCAAUAUGAAUCUACAUGAAUCCCUACAAAUCGCGAAAACUUUCGUUGAUCGUUAGUUAUGGAGUUGAGUUGGAAUAGUUUAAUAUGAAAAUUUAUUUUUAGGGUCCCUUACACCAAGGCUAAAACGGGACCUUAUAAUAAGACUUCGCUGUCUGUCCGUCUGUCACCGGGCGGUAUCUAAUGAACCGUGAUAUUUGUGAACAGUUGAAAUUUUCACAAAUGAUGUUUUAUGUUGCCGCU